CUCCCACCAGGCCGGGCCUCUCCUAUCUUGUCCCAACUGCCCAUUCCUUGGCUAUCUUUGGCUUUGGAUACCUGCAUUUCUCUUCCGUCUCUUCUUGUUUUUGUUCCCCCGGAACAAGCAGCCAGCCUCCUGUCUCAUCUUGUUCUCGGCCCCUGCUGCUGGCCUGCAUUGCUGAGCGGCCGCCCUCGCAACAACAGAGUCUAUCUAGUCAAGUAGCUUCCUCGGCACCGGAUGACGACAGAGCCGCCAGGAUCACGAGGCAUGCUUCACCACCCAUGACUUCGACUGCCACCCUGCAUAUUCUCAGCCAUCGAAGAUCGAUCCUGGUCAUAGGUCCACAUUCGUAACGUCAGUUCUCUUUUUGCUUCUAUGCACACGGAGCGCCUGCGAGCCUGUCUCCUGUGACCUUGGUAUCGUCCUGUCAGUCCAUCUCCUUGGACUGCAUAUCCGGCUCUCAACAACCACCCUCGCCCCUGGUCAGUCUUGCUCAAGCACAAGUGCACAUCCACCAUGGCUGCGGCUUUCUAGAUCGCAGCCACCCACAGAAUUGAAUCGUGACAGCUACUGCAGCUAUCACCCCUGGAUUGAGCAAUUGGUGCGCGUCGGUGCCUGGCCUCUGGAGCCAACCAAACCUUGGAGCUCCCACCUCCACCCACAGCCUGCCUUAGCUGUGUGUACAAAGCCCUCACGAGUCUGCCUCAUGGUCUCUUUUCAAGUCCCUACUGCCAAAGCGUAACAAUGGAUGCCGAUGUGCGCUGGAACCGAGAGUAGAACCUCAGCAGCGACGUACACCCCACGACACCCUCAUCCGGAAGCCGCCACACCUACCUCCACCACUCAGUGUCAGUCCUCAGCCUCGCGUCAAGCCUGCUGCAGGCCACCACCACCAUUCACCUUGCAACCACCCUCCUCCCGGGCCGAACUUACCAGCAUAUCCGACGGACCAGUUCCCAACAGCUCUUCAACAUGCAUCAGCACCCUAGACAUCCGCCGAGGACGGCAUCUCCUGCCUCCUCGCCUCAAACAAAUCCCACACGAUCAAACAAUCCCAGAGAAGGAAUAGGAGCCCAGGGCAGGGCUGUGCCGGAGUCCCCCAGACAAGGACCUUCCAGCUCUGGUGGAAGCGGGGAUUUCGAGCUCAAGGGGCCGAGUCCUGAAUCCAUCAAGAAGCUGGAUUCAAUCAUCCAGAAUUUAUUUCUCAAAGCCGCAGUGCUUGUGGCCCAGGCCCGCAUCAAGACAACGCCCCUUGGAGCGGGCAAGACAAACAAAUGGUUCUCGCUGGAAACUGACGAGAUCGACGAGUUUCGAAACGAUUUUCGCUUGUGGAAAACUUGCAGCGCCUUCGAAAACCCCUUCCCAGCAAUGGUCAUCGAGACGUAUUUGGAUGCCUCUCGCCUCUCCCCGAGCCAGUGCCUGGUAGUGGUGGACGACAACGGUAAGAGGUGGGACGUGCUCGAGGCCUUAAACUCUUCAGAAACCAGCGACGACAGCCCGACCUCCAGAAGGCGGAAUACCGAGGUCAUACUGGAGCGAUGGCGUCUCGAAUUGAAGCCCACCCCGACCCAAGACAUCGAUGAUUUCGGCCCGACACUACCCACGAUUUACAAAAAGUGCAUAAUCUUCUUCCGGGCUCUGUUCACGGCCAGCCGAAUAAUACCUUCGUACAAGUUCUCACAGCAGAACAUGACGAGGAAGCCCCAGCCGGCCCUAGAAGUCAGGUGCCGAGUCUUGACAGGCGAGACGGGGUCGAAUGGCCAUGAUGCGCUCCGCUUACCAAUCAGCGACGGUCGCGAUGUGGUGACCGACUACAUGCUAGGAGACUUGGAAGUGCCGGUGGGCCGAUUCUACGCUUCAGUCGCGUACCGCAACGAAUGCCAUUUCCGGGUCGAUGACGCAGAGUCGUUCCUGAGUUCACGCUUCAUGGGGGUGGAUGAGAACUUCUUCAAGCCAUCGAUACCCCAGGGCAGAGAGUCAAGCCGUCGAGAAAUUUCGGAAGUAGGCUCUUUGCCCUCUAGGCGGCACGGAGCAGGCUCUUCAGAUCCCCAACAGACCUACGGCAGUCUCUCCACGUUUCAUGGAGCGGGUGCACUGGGCACCAGCCCUAUGUCGGCUCUGAAGGCUGUAAGGCCCGCGGGCUCAGAGGCCAGCUCUCCUACCGGCUCAGUCCCGGCAAGUGUAGAAGAACCACGCCAUUCUUUGCCAAUCCGCCCUCCGGUCCGUGGUAGGGAGACUUCUGGAAGGCGUACGUCGGUCUCAUUCCAGCCAUUCAAGGCAGGUUCUCUGUCGGGCUCCCCAAGGAUCCCGGAUGGUGACAUAUCAGCCUCGCCUCUCUCCGGUCAGAGGCAAUCGGGGCCGAGCGCGCUUGCUCAAGCUCGAAAUCGUAAUUCGCUGACAGCUGGCAUGCCGGCCUCGCUCAGAGGAGGACCGCAACCUGGCGAGAUACCCGUGAGCUCAUCUCCCAGGCCAUCUAGCGGCAGGAUCAGCAGCAGUUUCAGCCACCGCAGAGGAAGGCUGUCUUUCGGCGGUCAAAGCAGAGCAGUCGAUGACGACCAGGCGAGCAGUGGACGGCAGAGCCUUUCGUCUUCAAUUGCUCAGCCUGGAUCCGGCUUGUUGGCUGAGACGGGAGGCCAGACAAGUUCUGGGUCGUUGAAUGCCGAUGAUGAUAACAUUUCAGAAUUUCUCAAGGUCCUGGAUAGCAAGAAGACGCUGCCGAGUUUCGAACCCGGAAAGAAGGGCGAGGCGGCGACUAAGAGAACGGUGGCACAGCUUUCCAAAUUUCAGCACAUGCGCGACUCAAAUAACGCCCUCACGGAGUCGAUGGCCUCCUCGGUGCAACUGCAGCGAUCGUCGAGCUCGUCCAGUCGUCAGCUGACCAGCGUCCCGGGAAUGGUGGCACCGGGGACCUCAAUGUCGGUCUCGUCGUCGCCUGGAAAGCCGCUGUCCCCGCACACUCCACACACGCCGGCCAUCCCGUCGCGGCUCAGCGAGAACUCGAUCAUCAGUUAUGAGGCGCAAGCCCAGGGUCGCGUUGAUGAGCGAGGUGCGCGUGUGGCUCCUCGUUUUGCGUCGACAGAGGAAGAGUCCGCCACUGGACCUGCUCUUAGCCCCGAAGGCACCACGGCGAUCGACAUCCCCCUUCCCCUGUCACCUAGAAUCAUGCAGACCAACCGCAGGUCCAGCUCGGUUGCGCAACAACACCGGGCCAUGGCCGAGGACGAGGAAGCCGAGCUGGCAUUUGGGGGACACCGGAGCAUCAGCCUCGGGGCCGAACGCGAACCACCGACUGCUAGCACGCUGUUCGGCAUGGAGCGGGGUGACUCGUCAGAGGAUGCGUCGGGCCUCCAGCCUGCGGCGAACAUACGGACUUCUGCUGCGGCAGGCGGGUCGCCAAGUCUGGCGGAGCGCGAGAGGAACCCACCCGGAGGGCUGCUUUCUGGCAAUGCUGCGAGCUCGCCAGGCCGUCUUCGCUACACGAGCAUGCGAGGCCGGCCGACGCCGCCACAGUCCUCCAGGGGCAGCUUUGCGGGCAGCUCGAGCGGCCGAUAUGGCGCGGGUCGUGGUGACAACGACGCCGAUGACGAGCCACUUGUUUUCGACAUGCAAGUGAGCGAGAUGGGUCGUCGGAGCCUGGAAGAAGGCCGCGGGGGAGGGAGCGUUGGCAGCAGCUCGAAUGAUCGAUACGAGCCACGCGGAGUCUCGAAACGAGGGUGGUGAGAGACGAGUUGGAUUCCUAGUUUGGCUAUGAACAGCACGAGCUAGAAACAGGCCAAGGACAGACCAUCCGACCAAGCAGGUGCUGUUUGCACACCGGAGCCGGGGAGUUGUCACGGGGAUUGCACCGUUUUCUUCGAUAUCAGACUGGACAUGAUCGUUUUCCUUUUCCUCCGUUUUGCAAUUACUGGGGGAGCUCUGUGCCGAGUCCCCAUCAGGGCCGGAUGGUUUAGCAGAGGAAGAGGCGCUUGAUCAAGGCGUUGAUUGGAUUGAGACAGGGUGGCCGGCGAUGCCCCUGUCUCCAGGAGCGAUUAGUACUCCAGCACAUUUCACAGAUGCAUUGGGCACGAGGGUGUGCCCGAACAAUUGGGCACGACAGACAGCACAGGAUGGACGAUACGGCACACACAGGCCUCAGGCGGGCUGAAUACCGCUGGGCGAGCUAAGCAGAGAUGCACAUAGUGGGUAGCCUCAUGCAUCGCAAGAGGAGCGCAUGGAUUGCACAUAGACUUAGAGGAAAUCAAUUCUCAAUAUGUAAUUGCCGAACA